CUCGGGCUCGGGUCGGGAAUGUCGGGAUCGUUAUGACAGCGGAGACGUCAAAACUCGCCAGCGGAUUGUAAACAAACUGGACCGGCGUGCACGAAACGUCGUUGUCGCGCGUCUGCGAAGGAACUCGUUCUUAUUCCUUUUAUGUACACGCAGGCGAUCAAAAUGCCGGUCCAGAAAGAUUCGAACAUCGUGAAAAUCGCCGUCCAAAUGACCGAUCAGGUGCCGCAGCUCAUCGAGUUCAAUCAGAAGCAACCUUUGGCCGGAAUUAUUCAGGAAUUGUGUAACGGAUGGGGCUUGUCCGACGCGGAGUCAUACUCUUUGCAAUUUUCGGAAAAUAACAAUCAGAAUUACAUUACCGAGAAAAAUAGAAACGAGGUGAAGAAUGGCAGUAUUCUCAGAUUGGAGUUUUCACCUUCGAAAACAGCGAGCGAUAUUUUGGCUAAGCUUAACAAUGGAACGGUAGAAGAGAAAUUAGUGGCUCUCUCUCUACAGAAGCUGAGCACACUCAGCAUGGACAUGACUUUUGCGUUGGAAUUUAUAAAUAAGAAAGGAUUGGCAUUAAUUAUUUCACAGGUGGAAGGUGGAAAAUAUAAGGGAAACACGCUUGCAUAUUCCCUUCAAUCGUUUGUGGAAUUGAUGGACCAUGGAAUUGUUUCUUGGGACAUAUUGGAAACACCGUUUAUCAAUAAAGUGGCGAGCUACGUGAAUAAUCACGCAGUAACUCAGGACACCAGUAUAGUCGAAGCUUCUCUAAGUAUUUUAGAGAAUAUAGUCCUAAAUUCAACAGGGAAAUAUGGACAAGUGGAGAAAGAAGUUACUUUUCCUAAUCUUGUAAUGCAUUUGCAGUGCAUGAAUCCGCAAAUUCAACAAAAUGCGAUAGCUUUAAUAAAUGCACUGUUUCUAAAGGCUGAUAUGCACAAAAGACGAGCAGUUUCUGCUACGUUACAGUCUAAACAAGUCAGGAACGUGUUCUUGACAAAUGUCAUACAGUCUACUGGACAGGUCGGAGCAGAAAUGGCCCAUCAACUCUAUGUACUGCAGACGCUAAUGUUGAGUCUUUUGGAACAACGAAUGAUGACGAAGAUGGAUCCACAGGAUCAAGACGCACAUGACAAAAUUAAGGAACUUCGAAGAAUCGCCUUCGAUACGGAAGGUGUGAAUAGUAGUGAUGUAACCGCUCGCAAGCAAGGACUUUUUGCCAAGGAUUACAAGAAAUUGGGUUUCAAGUAUGACAUCAAUCCUGCUCUCGACUUUACCGAGACUCCACCAGGGAUGCUUGCAUUGGAUUGUAUGGUAUACUUUGCACGUAAUCAUACUGAAGCUUACACGAAGGUCGUUCUCGAGAACUCGUGCAGAGCAGACGAGCAUGAAUGUCCUUUCGGCAGAACAAGUGUAGAACUUGUUAAAUUGCUUUGCGAGGUAUUACGUAUUGGCGAAGCUCCAAGCGAACAGGGUCAGUCUUAUCAUCCAAUGUUCUUUACGCACGAUCAUCCCUUCGAAGAGUUUUACUGUGUCUGCAUAGUUCUGUUGAAUAAGACGUGGAAGGAAAUGAGAGCAACUACGGAAGAUUUUGUCAAAGUCUUCUCUGUCGUACGCGAGCAGAUUACUAGGGCGCUUCAAUGCAAGCCCACAGGACUGGACAAGUUCAAAAACAAGUUACAACAGCUGCCCUAUUCGACAAUCACUAACCUCUGGCAACAGGAAAGGACAAACAGGGAAGAAUGGGAAAGCCACGCAAGGCCAAUUGUUGAACUUAGAGAACAGAUUACUCCAGAAAUCUUAGAGCUGAUUCAGCAGCAACGAUUAGGAUUUUUGGUGCAGGGUACUAGAUUCAUGAAAUACAGUGCCAGAGGACAACGGAUUAAAGAUAAAUUUUGGUACGUCCGCUUAUCGCCGAAUCACAAAGUCUUUCACUAUGGAGACUGCGACGAGAAAUCGGUGCCAACAAUAGACGAACUUCCUACGAAGUUAGCGGUAGUCGAGAUUCGAGGAUUACUGACCGGCAGAGAUUGUCCGCAUAUGAAAGAUUUGCAAAGGCGAAAAACUACGCAUCAGUUGGCGUUUUCCUUGGCGUUGGACUCCGUUGAAGUAUCUAGUCUCGAUUUCGUUGCUCCUGAUGAACAAGUUUUCGAUUAUUGGACCGACGGCAUUAACGCUUUACUCGGAAAUAGAAUGACUAGUAAAGAGGCUGAAAAUGACUUGGAGACUUUACUAUCCAUGGAUAUUAAAUUAAGACUUUUAGACGCCGAAGGGAUCGAUAUCCCGCAAGAUCCACCCGCGAUUCCCGAACCACCACCAAAUUAUGACUUUUGCUACGAGUUAAAGUAAAAAUUGUAAGUCGUGCCCGUCUAUUACUAUACAAUUUACAUCCAUAUAUUAAUUUUUUAUAGGCAUAUUAAGCCGUUGAUCUUUGUUCAUAAGUAACGAUUUUUAUAUAUUUUGUGCAUAUACUAUAUUGCUACGAUAUAGAUUGAGAUUUCUCUCUCUAGAUCGUAAUUUUCCAUUGCGCAUUUUAAUAAUAUAGAGAACAGUAGUAUAUUUUACCAAAGAAACAUUUUAAAUUUUAUAUGUAUAUGUACGCAGUUUUUUAUACAUUUUUUAAGAACGUAUUUAUCCCGAAACGAAAAUCGUAUAGUUAGAAAUGACAUCACUGUUAAUCAUGUUGACGAUCUAUUUACAAUAAUUUAAUUAACUCCAAAAGCAUCUGAUAAUAUAUAACUAAUCUGUCGUAAUAUAUUUUAUACGUAUAGUAA